AUGUCAAUUCUUCUUCUUUGUUUGGUCAAUCUCUUCAUUUUUUCUUCUUUUCUUUCUUUCUUUUUCCCUUAUUCUUCUCUUAAUCUUCACUUUUUUUCUUCCUUCUUUUUUUUUUCUUAUUCUUCUCUAGCUUCAUCAUUUCAUGUCUAUUCUUUUUUGCUUCGUCUAUUCUUUUUUUCUUUUUUUUUGUUUGGUCAAUCUCUUAAACUCCUCGUUUUUUUUUUUUAUCUUUCUUUGUUUCUUUCUUUCUCAUCCUUCUGUAGGAUUUUCAUUUCUUGUCUCUUUUUCUUUGGUCAUUUUCCUAAUAUCCUCUUCUUUCUAUUUUUCUUUCUUUCUUCUUCUUCUUCUUCUUCUUCUUCUUCUUCUUCUUCUUCUUCUUCAGUUCCAUCCUUACACGUUUUUCUUUCCUUAUACUUAACGUUCUUUUUCAACUUCACCUUUUUGAUCCUUCAUUUCAUGUUGUUUUCUUUUUGUUCCUUUAUUUUACAAUUUCUUUCUUCCUUUAUUCUCUUCUUCUUUCAUCUCUUGUUCAUCUCCCCUCUUACCCAUCUUCCCUUCCUAUUUAUCAUGUUUUUCUCUCACCUUCCAACCCAUCUUUCAGACACUCUCUCUUUCUCCCCCUUCCGUUUCCCGCCUUUUUUGCCAUCCACUCUACGCCUAAACCUCUUUUGUUAUGAUAAAUGCGCAUUUCCAUUUAUUGCUGUUACUUUCCCCGUUUUCUCCGUUAUUAUUUUUAUAAUUUCGCUUAUCCCCCCCCCUUUCUAUAUCUGUAGCUGUUUUUAA